AUGCGGAAGGGCGGCGCACCUCCGCUGGAACAUGAGGAUUGGGAAUUGACUGUGGGCAUUGAAAUACACGCGCAGUUGGAUACGGAUGCGAAGCUAUUUUCAAAACCGUAUGCGAAAAACGGUAGCAUCUGGUUAGGAGCACACGAUGGCAUCGCUAAAGAAGACGGGGAAGGUGUUCAAAUUGGUAUAAAACAGAUACAGAUGGAACAGGAUACGGCCAAAUCGCAGGAACUUCCAUCCUCCACCUACCUCCUCGACUUCAACCGCGUCUCACGUCCUCUUAUUGAAAUUAUCACACUACCGCAGAUCCACUCUGCAACAACCGCCGCGGCUUGCGUUAGGAAAAUCCAGGCGAUACUUCAGUCCGUUGGAGCAGUUACAACAGAACGCGACCGUCAAAUCGCGGUACUCAAAGCAGGUGGCACCAUUCAAGGCGAGACACGAGGCUGGACACUUGGCAGCACCGAAACCCGGAAACUUCGAGGUAAAGAGGGGGAAGUCGACUAUCGUUAUAUGCCGGAUCCCGAUCUGGGCCCAGUGAUAAUCGGAGACGACGUUAUUUCUGACCUCAGAAGGAAUAUUCCAGUACUACCCGACGAGCUCCUGCAGAUGCUUGUUCAAGAUCCAAACGGCUCGGCAAAGUCUCUUCUUGCAAUGGUGUUCGACGGCGACAAGAGAUCUAUUUCUCAGAUUGUAGAGGACAAAAAUCUCCUUUUCCAAAGCCUUUCCCGCCAUGAAUACAUUGCGCUGGCGGAGGAAGUCAUGCGCCAGAACCCGAAGAUGGUCGGCGAAAUUCGCGAGAAAGGGCAACUGGGCAAGAUGGGUUGGUUUGUUGGCCAGAUCAAGCGGAUCGGAGACCCGAACAGAGUGGAGGCGCAAAAGGCAGAGGAGAUUUUACGAGAGCUUAUUCUCAAAUAA